AUGUCAAAUCUGGUAGGAACAAGUUCUUCUGAAAGAAACUCAGGUGAAGGCUUUAUUCAGAGUAAGUGUAGGUGUCUCUCAAUCAUCGUGCUUGGGGCUUCUGGAGACCUUGCAAAGAAGAAAACUUUUCCAGCACUUUUCAAUCUUUACAAUAAGGGAUUCCUAGAUUCAUAUGAUGUUCAUAUAUUUGGUUAUGCAAGAACAAAGAUCACAGUUGACGAUCUACGAGAUCGUAUCCGUGGAUUUCUCAAAGGCAAAGAUGAGAAAAGUGAAGAUGCUUCCAGUUUUUUGCAACUGAUAAAAUAUGUCAGUGGUUCUUAUGACAGUGAGGAUGGAUUUCAAGCAUUAGACGGGGAAAUUUUUGAGCAUGAGUCAUUAAUGAACUGCGGAACAAAUUCUAGGAGAUUGUUUUAUCUGGCACUUCCUCCAUCUGUUUAUCUUUCUGUUUGCAAAAUGAUCAGGAAUUGUUGCAUGAAUCAGUGUUAA